AGCGAAAGAGACAACCAGCUAAAGGCGAGCGCGCGGCCAUGUUGAAUUGUCGUUUUUUUAAGAAGAGACAAUAGAGAGACAAGUCGGUGGGUUUCACGAAACACAAACAGUUUCAUAAUACUUGGGAAAUUUGCUUUAAUUAAGUUAACGAGAGAAGACGUUCGAUGAACAUUAAGGUAACCAGGAGUUGAAUGCAAAUGUGACUGAGUGUGUCAGCUCCACAUCUACCACAGCAAAAGAAGAGCACAACAGCAGAACACACAUUGUUACUGUCAAAGUGAACAGCACAAAGGGUUGGAACUAUUUCCCUCAGUGUUUUGUGUAAGUCAAUUUUUUGUGGUUGACAAGCGCACAUUUUUUUUGGCUUCAUAACACACCAAAAAACACCAAGUUGAGAGAUUCAGAGAAACAUAGGAAUAGUCCAUGUGAAUCAGAAGACAGUACAGGUCUGUUUGAAUGUAAAAGACUAAAAGCACUUGAGACUAACAAAGACACUUACGGCCACUCCAGUCCAGGAAAAACGGCGAAAAGGUCUUUGAACAUAGAAACAAUAUUAAAAACUUUACAGGUUGUUGUACACCGAAAAGAGACUUCAGAAAAAGCUAUUUUCACCAGGAAUAAGACUGCUUCAGGAUAAUUUACUUUAAUGUUUGAAUUCUGAAACACUUUCACAAAGGUUUGUUUUUUGAGCGGAUAUAUGAUCUAUUUAUUCAUAUAAAUGCUAAUUUCUCCCUUUUUGGGGAGCGUCGUCUUGUAAAUAUACAAUUUUCAUACACCAGACUCUUCUUUUCAAGAGGGCUGUACGUAUAAGUAUACAUAAAUUCUUUAAAUUAGAAAUCCUGAAAACAAGAUUUUAUUUUUUUGUGAACUAAAUAACAAGGACAAUAGUUCCGUGAGUGGAUAACCAAGAUCUAAGGAAAUAUUGGAUAGGGGGAAAAAAGUUUAGCUUUACACUGUGAGUGACUAAGGAAUUGACAGACUGUGAAGGAAAACCUCUCUAAGCCAUGUCUACAGCAAGAACAGAGAACCCAACAUCCAUAAUGGGACUGAACAAGCCCAACGGGCAGUUUAGAGGACCACUCAAGCCAGUUGGACUAACACCAGGAUCCCUGGCAACUACCCCACAACCAGAUGCCCACCAGAAGGGAGGCAACAUUCCCCAGGGCAGUGGGGGCAUCCGUUUUGGCGAUGACUGGAAGAAGUGCCUGCAGCUUCCACAGAAGGACUGCAGAUUUAGAACAUCAGAUGUGACAUCGACCAAGGGGAAUGAGUUCGAAGACUACUGCCUGAAGCGGGAGCUACUGAUGGGGAUCUUUGAGAUGGGCUGGGAAAAACCAUCUCCCGUACAGGAGGAGAGCAUCCCCAUUGCUCUGUCAGGAAGGGACAUCCUUGCCCGGGCUAAGAACGGCACCGGGAAAAGCGGAGCCUACCUCAUUCCUCUCCUGGAGAGGAUAGACCUGAAGAAGGACCACAUACAGGCUAUGGUGAUGGUUCCUACACGAGAGUUGGCCCUGCAGGUGAGCCAGAUCAGCAUCCAGGUGAGCAAGCACAUGGGUGGGGUCAAGGUCAUGGCCACCACGGGAGGCACCAACCUGAGGGACGACAUCAUGCGCCUGGACGAGACUGUGCAUGUGGUGAUAGCCACACCAGGCAGGAUCCUUGACCUGAUAAAGAAGGGCGUGGCCAAAGUGGACAAAGUCCAGAUGAUGGUGAUGGAUGAGGCAGACAAGCUGCUGUCUCAGGACUUUGUGGUCCUCAUCGAAGACAUCAUCAGCUUCCUGGCUAAGGGGCGUCAGAUCCUACUCUACUCUGCCACCUUCCCCAUCAGUGUGCAGAAGUUCAUGGCGAAGCACCUUUCAAAGCCCUAUGAGAUCAACCUGAUGGAUGAGCUGACACUGAAGGGCAUCACCCAGUACUAUGCCUACGUCACUGAGAGGCAGAAAGUCCACUGCCUCAACACCCUCUUCUCCAGGCUCCAGAUCAACCAGUCCAUCAUCUUCUGUAACUCCACCCAGCGGGUUGAGCUGCUGGCCAAGAAGAUAACCCAGCUGGGCUACUCCUGCUUCUACAUCCACGCCAAGAUGAUGCAGGAGUACAGAAACCGUGUUUUCCAUGACUUCAGAAACGGACUCUGCAGGAACUUGGUCUGCACAGAUCUGUUCACCAGGGGAAUUGACAUCCAAGCAGUGAACGUAGUGAUCAACUUUGACUUCCCCAAGAAUGCUGAGACAUACUUGCAUCGCAUCGGCAGAUCAGGGAGGUUCGGUCACCUGGGUCUGGCCAUAAACCUGAUCACCUCUGAGGACCGCUUCAACCUGAAGUCCAUCGAGGACCAGCUGGUGACCGACAUUAAGCCCAUCCCCGGCAGCAUCGACAAGGGCCUGUACGUGGCAGAGUUCCACUCUGCCGAAACAGACGCCGAAGACGAGAUCCGAGGCAAGGACGGCGAGUUAAGUGCAGCAUAAACGGAGAACAAGAGGCGUCUGGCAUUCAUCACACCAUCCCCUGCUGCGCACAGACAUUCAGAUUAGUUUGACCUAAUAUUAAAAAUUCUACAGGAUGCAUCUUCCAGUUUUUUUUAUUUUUAUUUUUUGGGAUAAUGUUUACAGCAGUGGUCAGUUUGUUUUGGCACAGAUUACAUCUGUUUUUUAACCAAUAUGAUAUGUACCCAACUUGUCAAAGGUCAAUAAUUUUCUAAGUCUGCUGUUUUUCUGUAUGGUCAGUGUAUCACUGGUGGCUUCUUAUACAGUCACAUUUCAUAAUUUCUUGUUGAAAAGGCCCUCCUCGCUUGUCAGGUUCACUUCCUAUAGACUUAUUUCUGAGCAUAUGACUGUCGAGCAAACCAAACCAAAGCUGAACAUGUUGAUAGGGGAGUAUGGAUUUACUCAAAACCAAAAGGACCCCCUCUGCUUUAACGGCUGUUUGGGGAAAGCUAUCAUGGUGCUAUAUGGUGGAAAUACGAAUAGAACUACAUUUUAAAAGUUUUUUUGUUUUUAAGUGUUCAUGCUAAUGUGACUUUACAGUCGUACAUGAAAGGCACCUCCAUGAAUAGUUUUUGUCAGACUCACAUGGAUGAGUCCAAUGAUGAGUGUUGCUUAGUUGACUUAUUGUUUAUUUGUCUCGUAUUUUACAGCCUCCUUAGUAGGCUAUAGCACCAGACAGACCUGUAACUCUGUGGGCAACAGAUCCCUUAGACAAGGAGAUGAUGGCAGUAGAACCUGACAUGGAUAAGAGCCUGUAUCAACAGAGUAAACAUUUUAUUUAGAUGC